AUGUCCGUCACCCUACACACCACCUUGGGAGACCUCAAGAUCGAGAUCUUCUGCGAGAGCGUGCCCAAGACCGCAGAGGUAAGCUUUCUUUCCGAGCUUCGCAGUGCAGCGAGGCCUCGCCCAGAUUCCUCCAGCUCACCCAACAUGCCUAGAACUUCCUCGCCCUCUGCGCCUCGGGCUACUACGAUGCCUCCCCCCUCCACCGCUUGA